AUGGAGGAGAACACCACAACAAACUUCACCACAAAUGAUACACUCUAUGGAUCUCUGGAUUGGGAGGAAUUAAUCAAGGAACAAUGCUCCAGCAUUCCCUACAGCCUGAUUGCCUUUGCAGGAGUGUGCCUGGGGAUUUCACUCUGUGGGCUGGUGGGGAAUGGGGUGGUCAUGUGGUUUCUGUGCUUCCACACAAAGCAGAGCCCCUUCACUGUCUACAUCCUAAACCUGGCUGUUGCUGACUUCUCCCUGCUCCUCCUGUUUCUCCUGCUUAUGCUGGCUUUUCUGACCUUGGUAGCAUUUUGCACAUCUUUGUUGCCUUUUAUUCAUCACUAUCAGCAUUUGGUGUUUUUCACUGGGUUCCUGUGCCACCUGUUUGACCUGAGCGGCCUGGGGCUGCUGGCAGCCCUCAGCGUGGAGCGCUGCGUCUCCGUCCUCUGCCCCAUCUGGUACCGCUGCCGCCGCCCCCGGCACCUCUCGGGCAUUGUCAGCGCGGCCCUCUGGGCCCUCGCAGGGCUUUUGGUGUCCUCCCUCUACCUCACUUUUACUGAGGACUCUGAGACCAUCCUUGCAGGUGUAGUCCUCGCCAUUUCUGUGGUUUUUUCCCUCAUGAUGUUGGUUUCCAACCUAUUUCUAUUCCUCAAGCUGCGCUGUGGCUCCCGGAGGCGGCAGCCGGGGAAGCUGUUUGUGGCCAUCCUGCUCAAUGUGCUGCUGUUCUUCGCCUUUGGCAUCCCUUUCUGCGUGGAGGUUUUCCUCAAUCUCCCUUAUUCCGGUGAUUUAUUCCCAGGAGACCCCUCUCUGCUGCUGGCACUGCUGAACUGCACCCUGAACCCGGUGGUUUACGUGCUGGUGGGGAGCUGCCGGCGGCGGCGCUUGCAGCGCUCCGUCAGAGUGGCUCUGCGGAGGGUGUUUGAGGAGAAAGCUGGCAGUGAGGAGGGGAGCCACGGCCCUGGGGACACUGUGGUGGAGGUGACAGCUCUGUGAGGCACUUGUGGACACGUGGCACCCGGAGA